AUGUUUCCAUCAACUACAAGUCAUAAACCUCCGAUUUAUUUAGUGGAGCCAGUUGACGAAUCAGAAGAUCAUUUGACUUUUUUCGUUGGAAUUUUUAUGUUGAUGAUUAUCGCGUUGGCAUUUUCAAUUGGUUUGAGCAAAAUGACUAAACCAAAAGUUUCAAUAAGUCGUUACAACACUUCUAAUUCUUCAUACGAUAUUCUGAUGUGGCUUUCAAGCAAUCCAACAAACAGAUCUUCAAUGCUUCUUCUUCUCCGAUCAAUGUGCCGCACUCCAGCUACUCCGGACAGCAGUGUCUCUGUUGUUUCUUCAAAUAUCCCACUACUUCCUUCCUAUCAACGUGCCAGUCAAUCGACUUCUGCCAACACUCCACCGCCUCCGUAUUCUGCCACGUCUUCUCUGGUCACUUGA